UUAUCGCGUUUUCCUGGAUAAGAUAAGGAAAAGUUAAACAGAAAAUUGUAUAACAAUCCACUGAAGUGAAUGUAGGACUCGGUCCAAGACCAAAAAUUUUCCGAAGAGGAAAGCCGAGAAAAUCGAUACAAUAUAUCCUGACGUGGCCGUAAAAUACACGACAUUAGAAUGUGAUUAUUACAUUGCGUGUCUGUAUUUAUUUUUACAUCGGCAAGUGUCAUGCAGCUUUGUGCAAUGUUGUUUGGGCCGAAAUGUGCGACUGAAGAUGAACGACGCGUGACGAAACGUCUGUGAGCACAUUUAAAAUGACCGAAAGCGUAAUUAAACACUACAAGAAACAACUACUCUACCAACACGACACCAACGAAAAAAAUGACUUCAUCGAAACCGAAAUAAAACCAAAAAUUCGGCGAAAAAGAAAAAACAAAAUUUGCAGAGGCCAAUUUCGACACGACGCAAUGGAAUUGAUAAAACUGGGGGCACACCCUUCUCAUUCGUUGUGCAAAACGCGCCUGGACAACCUGCCCCGGAAGCGGAAACUAGAGUCGCCCCCAGUGGUCGCAGCCAUUGAUCUAACCGUCGAAAGCAAGAAAAAAGACCAAAAAAGUGACCCAAAAAUGCCGCAAUUGUUCCUAAUUAAGGACCUUUUGGCGAAGGGCGUCCGAAUUGACCCGAAACCGCAACAACAAUCGGUGAUCGUCAGCACGGAUCGGCGGGAGUCGGACGACGUCGACACGAUUAGCGUGAGCAGUGGCGAGUCGGUGAAUCCCCGACGGCAAAUCCCCCACGGCAAACUCUUCUACUACAAGAACAAUAACACUCUCAUUCGGUAUUUCGACGAGACGCAGAAAAAAUUGUUCAUUGAUAGUAUUUCGAGCGAUGGUGCAUACAGUGCUACCAACGACCAAGAAAUCAUACAACUCCCCAAAACGGCCGUUUUUAGCCCCAAAGAUAAUCUCACAGUGGAGGAAUACGUGUUUGAAAUGACCCAAGUCGAGAAAUACGUUCCUCGCGAUUUUUUCCUCUUCUACAAGUUCGUCACCGGUUAUCAGAUUUGCAAUAAUAAUCUUCCGGUGUCGUUUCUCACCUUUUUGAAGGUUUACAACACCAACGGCUUGAAGGUUUUGCUCGAAAGGUACAUCAACAGUUUGAAAGAAAAUUAAGCGAGUUUUUGUACCACUAAUUUAUUUUUUGCUACUUAAAACCUAAGUUUUGUAUUGUUCGAUUUAAAAUAAAAACUACA